AUGAAAGACGAAAGUGUGAUAGAAUUAAAAUUGGUUAUAAUCUUUGAUGAGUGGUGGAAAUAUUGCAGGUGGAGCAAUUUUACGCCAGCUGUGGAAAAGGAAAUUAAUGAUGUGGAAGACCCAGGAAUUAUCAAUGAGCGUGAGGCACAAAAUUGGUUGAGACGUUUCAGGAAUGAUGACACCAGCCUCGAAGACAAACCAAAGUCAGGGAAAACUUCUAUUGUGGAACAUAAGGCCUUGCUUGAAAUAGUUGAACAACAACCAAGCACCAGCGCUCGUACAUUGUCGGCAGCACUUGGUCCUUCACAAACUACUAUCAAUUGA